AUGAGCCCUCCUCCAUCCCGGAAGAACGGCGGCAGUCAUCCUUCCGCUCCUAAACAAAUUCGCUUCGUUUCAACAGAUGGGCAACCGCAGACAAAGCGGCGACGAGUAAACGCUGCGUGCCUCACGUGUCGCAAGCGCAAGACACGAUGUUCUGGCGAAAAGCCAGUGUGCCGAACAUGCAUCGACUACAAUCAUCAGUGCCUUGGUUAUGACGGGCCUUCUCACGUUCGAGCGCAAUCCGACACCGCGUCGCAUAGUUCCGCCGCGCCAUCCAUCACCAACUCGGUUGAACCGACUGCUUCGCGAGGGCCUUCAAAAACCAAUAAUCGGUCUCUGGAGCCAGCGAGACAAAACAAAGCGUCAAUAGGUGAUGGAACCUUUGGUGAAACCUCCAAAGUGCUGGAACCCUUUAAGACCGAUGGACACUGUCCACCUGAGGGUUCAUUCCUUCGGCCGACAAAAGAAAGUGGAACAAAAGAGAUUGAGCAGCAAGCAGCGGGAGAAAGUCCGGAAAGCAAUCGGACUACCACAAGCUCCAGCGGCCGUACACAUGUUCCCUAUUUCAGGUACUUUGGGCCAACGGCCAUUGUUCCUGGGUUCAAGCAGAUGGUUGUCCAGGUACGAGGUUCGCGGAAGAGCAAUGCAUCGUUAUCAUCAGACUCAAUCUCGCCUUUACGAAGUCCGAAGCUCCUUGAUAGCGGCGUUCUCCAUCUCAACGCCAUUGUUGAUAACACUGAUAGUCGUGAUGCCAACACUAUCCCCUUCUACGACAGAGAAGACGCCCUACCUGUGGGUAAUCUGGUCACCCACCUCUGUGAAUUGUUCUUUGUACACUUGGGCUGCAGCUUCCCCUUCCUGCGGCGAGAUCGCUUUCUUGGCGAUUUGAAGGACAAGAAGAUUGAUACCAUGCUGGUGGAUUCCGUGUGUGCGUUGGCCGCCCGAUUUUCGCCGCACCCCUUAUUGAGUCCUCCGCAAGCGCCUCCAAUUGAUGCGUCUGAGCCUCAACCAAUCAUGCAGAAAUCCAACCGCGGCCAACCGUUUGCAAACAGGGCAAUGAAUGCUUUGGUUGAUUCUCUCGCAUUCCCUACUCUCUCCGUUGUUCAAGCAUGUUUAUUGCUUGCCUACGAGGAAUUCGGUUCUAACCACGAUAGUGGUUUGUGGAUGUAUCUAGGCAUAUCUAUCCGGAUGGCGCAGGAUCUUGGGAUGCAGAAACUACAAGGCUUGGACUACAGCUAUGGCCGGACUGGUGUGACUCCUAGCGCAGUCAUGACCGGACAAGCCUCAAAACUGAGGGAAGAUGAAUACGACGUACCUCAUGGGAGUUCGGGCUCAAUUAAGGGAUCUCAAGAGGUGGAAGACCGGCGCGCCUGGGAGCGCGAGAGGGUGGAUACGUUCUGGAGCAUUUUCUUCCUCGAUAGAGUGAUCUCAUCUGGAACAGGACGGCCAGUGACCCUACGGGACGAGGACAUAGAGCUCCGUUUCCCUUUACAGUCCGGAUCGCAGCUUUCCAACGGCUGGCCAUCGCCCUUUCCACCCCUUAUUCGCAUUAUUCAUCUUUAUGGAAGAGUCACAGAUCUUAUAAACGGUAUGCAGGACGCCAACCAUGUAACUCCCGACACGCUGAAAAGACUAAGCGGGAUGGAAAGCGACUUGACAGGUAUAUAUCAACGGUUAUCGCCAAGACUUCAUUUCAACGCUGCGAAUUUUCAAGCCUAUGUGAAGGCAAAAGAAGGAACAAAUUUUAUCCUCCUUCAUUUCUGGUUCCACACGGUAAUUGUUCUCUUGCAUCAACCGACUCUUCUAAACUCUUUCGGAGGCACUAUGCAACAUCUAUACCCUAACAGCAGGGAACUUUCUAUGUCCUCAGCGAAGACGAUCGCGGACAUCUUGUCAUUCUCAGAGCUCGUGGAUGGGAAGAGUUUUAUCGGUAACCCUUUCACUAGUCAGCCGAUGUAUAUAGCAGCAUGCGCUUUCCUUAUGGAGAGCGCUUAUUAUUCAUCUCCCUCGUCGCGAUCUGUCUCGCCCUCCCAUCAAGCAUUACUCGCCAACCAAACCAGUGGGUUCUUUAUGGACUCUUCCAGCUCAUCAGACCGCAAGCCAGCUACGAAGCACAGUCUUCUUGCGUCUGCCGCCAAGGAGAACUAUCAGAGGUGCUACAAAGCUUUGAAGUCACUUGAGAAUUAUUGGGAAGGCACAAAGUACAUCUUGACGGUCCUGGACCAAAAGGCAAAAGGAAUCGUGGACCCUUUGUUAUAUACUGAGGAAGAGAUGGAGGGAACCGCGGAAACACCCUCGACCGGGUCUAAUUGGCGCCAAUCAAUCGGUGCUACAAACCCCAUAGAAAGGCCAGCUUCUGCUGUAGCCUCUCCCUUUGACGGAAGACCGUCACCGAGAAUGGAUCCCAGCCAAGCCAUCGGGUGGUCUCUUAGCAAUGCAACCAAUUCCUCACAGCCUAACCUUAGCGUUCUCUAUCAGAUGCCCGCUGUUCACGCCGAGGAACCCUCCCCUGACAACAAAUCUCAACCUCUACAGAAUCGCCACAGUUAUACUAAUGCGCUAGUAUCACCAGGUCUCGAGCAAGGCUCAGGCUCAUAUUCGCGCAACAACGACCACAGGAGUACUUCCAAUAUAUCUCAUGAUUCCCUGGUUUCUCCUCGCCGGGUAACGACGUCGGAGGCAACUCUUCUUGGUCUGCAUUCUCCAUACCCUCAUCCUGCGCCGCGUCCUUCGAACUCUCAUGCAACCCAUAACCAAGCUGUUCCGAUCUCGUCAUCCACAAGCCUCAAUUCUCAUGCCGCAACAUACAACUAUAUACCAUCUACUACGAGUGAUCGCCACGUCAGCGACAGUCACAUGGGGUCCAGGCACUCAGAUAUUCACUCUAGCAUGAAUCCGCAGGCGGGUGAUCUUCUGAUUGAGAGCCAGGAUAUUGAUAUGUCAGCGCUUCACCAUCAAGAUCAGUUGCCUCUACCCUUUACUGGACUUCCUUGGCUGGAGUAUCUUCCACAAGAUGUUCUCAGCUAUUUUGGCGAACACCAAAAUUACCCGCUCCUGAGCCCUGACGAAGGGACUCAUCCCCCGUCUCACUAA